GCACCUGAAGGGUAUCCAGUGGUUUGGUGCCGAGGCAGCACGUUGGGAACACGGCCGAAGCAGAACUCCCACUCUUGACGUGGAAUGCAGUUUAUAAUGUGGGAUGCCUGUCUCUGCUUUCCUGUUGGAUUUUAACUGUGGGAGUUGAUACAUCUCAGCAACUGCAGUCUUUCUUUAGCAUUUUAGCUAGCGACAAAGUAAAGCAAUGAGGAGAUUUGUUUACUGCAAGGUGGUCCUAGCCACUUCUCUCAUGUGGGUACUUGUGGACGUCUUUCUACUUCUGUACUUCAGUGAAUGUAAUAAAUGUGAUGACAAGAAAGAGAGGUCUCUGCUGCCUGCUCUAAGGGCUGUUAUCUCUCGAAACCAAGAAGGACCUGGAGAGAUGGGAAAGGCUGUGCUCAUUCCUAAGGAUGACCAGGAGAAAAUGAAGGAGCUGUUUAAAAUCAACCAGUUCAACCUCAUGGCCAGUGACUUGAUUGCUCUCAACAGAAGUUUACCCGAUGUGAGACUAGACGGGUGCAAGACAAAAGUCUACCCUGACGAGCUGCCGAACACAAGCGUGGUCAUCGUGUUCCACAACGAAGCCUGGAGCACUUUGCUUCGGACCGUGUACAGCGUUAUAAACCGCUCGCCUCAUCACCUGCUUGCUGAAAUCAUCCUGGUCGAUGAUGCCAGCGAGAGAGAAUUUUUGAAGGCCUCAUUAGAGAAUUACGUGAAAAAGCUGGAAGUCUCCAUAAAAAUCAUUCGGAUGGAGCAGAGGUCAGGACUGAUCCGCGCGCGGCUGCGAGGGGCAGCGGCCUCCACAGGGCAGGUGAUAACCUUCCUGGACGCGCACUGCGAGUGCACCCUGGGCUGGCUCGAGCCGCUGCUGGCCAGGAUAAAGGAGGACAGGAAGACGGUUGUCUGCCCAAUCAUCGAUGUGAUCAGCGAUGACACAUUUGAAUACAUGGCUGGGUCGGACAUGACUUACGGAGGGUUUAACUGGAAACUCAACUUCCGCUGGUACCCAGUUCCCCAGAGAGAGAUGGACAGGAGGAAAGGGGACAGGACCUUGCCUGUAAGGACCCCUACUAUGGCUGGUGGCCUAUUUUCUAUUGACAGAAACUACUUUGAAGAGAUAGGAACUUACGAUGCAGGAAUGGAUAUCUGGGGUGGCGAGAAUCUUGAAAUGUCUUUUAGGAUUUGGCAGUGUGGUGGCUCCCUCGAGAUCGUCACCUGCUCGCAUGUUGGCCACGUUUUCCGUAAAGCAACACCUUACACCUUCCCUGGUGGCACGGGGCACGUCAUCAACAAGAACAACAGGCGACUGGCAGAGGUCUGGAUGGAUGAGUUCAAAGAUUUCUUCUAUAUAAUAUCCCCAGGUGUCGUUAAGGUGGAUUAUGGUGAUGUGUCGGUCAGAAAAGCACUAAGAGAAAACCUGAAGUGUAAACCCUUUUCGUGGUACUUGGAAAACAUCUACCCCGACUCGCAGAUCCCACGGCGCUACUACUCUCUCGGCGAGAUCAGGAAUGUUGACACCAACCAGUGCUUAGACAACAUGGGCCGCAAGGAAAAUGAGAAAGUGGGCAUUUUCAACUGCCAUGGCAUGGGAGGAAAUCAGGUAUUUUCUUACACGGCUGACAAAGAGAUUCGCACGGACGACUUGUGCUUGGACGUGUCGAGGCUGAACGGCCCGGUGACCAUGCUCAAGUGCCACCACAUGCGGGGGAACCAGCUCUGGGAGUACGACGCGGAGAAACUCACCCUGAGGCACGUCAACAGCAACCAGUGUCUGGACGAGCCGUCGGAGGAGGACAAGAUGGUGCCCACCAUGCGGGAGUGCGCUGGGAGCCGUUCCCAGCAGUGGCUGCUGCGCAACAUGACCCUGGGCGCCUGAGCCGGCGCGGAGCCGCUGCCUCGGCCAGCCCGCCAGGGCUCUCCUCCUCCCCUCCUCCUGGCCAGAGUCCCCAGGUGGGCUUUCCUGGGGGCGGCGGGCCUCCACGUGCCCCUUUGGAACCCGUGACUGUUCGAAAGAAGCACAUGGGAGCCUAUAAAUGGCAGGACGUGUGGAGUUACCAACGCAAGCGCGCUCAGAAAUGUUUCAAGAGAAACCUUGGUGAACCUUUAUCAAAGAGGUGGGGAGGGAGGGUGUUCCCUGUGCGUGUCGGACACCGUGGCACAGCGUAAAAUGCCUUAUGAAGCUCACUGGCACUGGGAACGAUUCUGUCAGAGGCUUUAUGAACUCCAUGCUUGGGCACUGGUCUGUGUUUGCUGGUCUCUCAUGUCGAGCGGGGCUCGCUGGAGCACUGCUCUGAAAGGGCGGCAGGGUCACCGUGCAGAGUGAAUGUUUGGUGCCUGGAAAGCGUGGAGUCCCAGCACCCAGUGCUUGGAAAAGCAGCAAAACUGAGCAAAGAGCGCAUCCAGAAACUGAAAUUAAAUGAAACAACCGGAGAGACAGUGGAACAAUGCUAAGGAGGAGUGACCCGCCUUGGUAACUCGGCUCGGUGCAAACUGAGAUCUCUGCAAUGGGACAACGGAUGGCCGGGGCCUCACACCUGGGAAACUUCAGGGGGUUCUGCUGCCUCAGUGGAAGUAGCAAAAACUGGCCCUCUGAGAGAAAAAGACGCUGGGUGUUUGGCUGGAGCCUGCCUGCACCUGCUACCUUCGAGCAUUAGUACGUACCUGCAUCCUGCGUGAAACACCCCAGAGCGUGGGUCGGGUCCCAGCUCUGGCUCCAACAGAGACGGCGGAUGCUUAUUUAUAUUUUUAAUAAUUUUGUGGCUUAAUCA